GUCUCUCUCUCCGUCGUCUCCCUCUCCCUCUCCCUCUCUCUCUCUCAACUUCUGUCAAUCACUCACCUUUUGAAUUCUUCAAUUCGGAGGGAGCCAUUUCUGUUCGAAAUUAGGGAUUUCAAUCUCCGCUUCUGAGUUUUUUUAUGUUAUGCGUGAACAGUAGUUUGUUGUCGUCGUCUUCGUGGUUAGAUCCGGUUUUGCGAGGUGGAACUACGCGCUUGAGGCGGCGGCGGACGGUGGAUCUGAGGAAGCUGUUGCGAGAUGACGGGGAUAAGAGGUCUCUCCGUCUUUAUCAGCGAUAUCCGAAAUUGCCAGAACAAGGAGCAGGAGCGACUCCGCGUCGAUAAGGAGCUCGGUAACAUCCGUACCUGCUUCAAGAAUGAGAAGGUGUUGACGCCAUAUAAAAAGAAGAAAUACGUCUGGAAAAUGCUUUAUAUAUAUGUGCUGGGCUACGACGUAGAUUUUGGACACAUGGAACCAGUUUCUCUUAUAUCUGCACCAAAGUACCCAGAAAAGCAGGUUGGUUACAUUGUCACAUCAUGCUUGCUCAACGAGAACCAUGAUUUCCUGAGGCUGGCAAUAAAUAUGGUGCGGAAUGAUAUUAUUGGUCGUAAUGAGACUUUCCAAUGUCUGGCUCUGACUUUGGUUGGGAAUAUUGGUGGAAGAGAGUUUGCUGAAUCAUUGGCACCUGAUGUUCAAAAGCUAAUUAUUUCUAGUAGUUGCAGACCUCUUGUAAGGAAAAAAGCUGUACUGUGCUUGCUGCGCUUGUUCAGGAAAAAUCAGGAUGUUGUCAAUGUCGAUGGCUGGGCUGAUCGGAUGGCACAACUUUUGGAUGAACGUGAUCUUGGUGUCUUGACAUCUGCUAUGAGUCUUCUUGUAGCUUUGGUUUCAAAUAACCACGAGGCAUAUAGGAGUUGUCUUUCUAAAUGUGUGAAAAUAUUGGAACGCCUAGCUAGGAACCAGGAUGUCCCUCAAGAGUACACAUACUAUGGUAUCCCAUCUCCUUGGCUCCAGGUCAAAACAAUGAGGGCUCUUCAGUAUUUUCCGACCAUUGAAGAUCCCAGUACCAGAAGAUCCAUCUUCGAGGUCCUACAACGGAUAUUGAUGGGGACAGAUGUUGUGAAGAAUGUGAAUAAGAACAAUGCAUCUCAUGCUGUGCUGUUCGAAGCUCUUUCUCUGGUCAUGCAUCUUGAUGCUGAGAAGGAGAUGAUGUCACAGUGUGUUGCCCUUCUUGGCAAAUUUAUUUCUGUACGUGAGCCCAACAUCAGAUAUCUAGGCUUGGAGAAUAUGACGCGAAUGCUGAUGGUCACGGAUGUUCAAGAUAUCAUAAAAAAGCAUCAGGCUCAGAUAGUCACCUCAUUAAAGGAUCCUGACAUCAGUAUUCGUAGGCGUGCUCUUGAUUUACUUUACGGAAUGUGUGAUGUGUCAAAUGCAAAAGAUAUAGUUGAAGAGUUGUUGCAGUAUCUUAGCACAUCAGAGUUCGCGAUGCGGGAGGAAUUGUCACUUAAAGCUGCUAUUCUUGCAGAGAAGUUUGCUCCUGAUUUGUCAUGGUAUGUAGAUGUGAUCCUUCAGCUGAUCGAUAAGGCAGGCGAUUUUGUUAGUGAUGACAUUUGGUUCCGUGUGGUACAAUUUGUAACGAAUAAUGAAGAUCUGCAGCCUUACGCAGCAGCAAAAGCAAGAGAAUAUUUAGAUAAACCUGCAAUACAUGAGACUAUGGUGAAGGUCAGUGCUUAUAUCCUGGGGGAGUAUGGUCACCUUCUAGCUAGACGGCCUGGAUGUAAUCCAAGAGAUAUGUUUAGCAUCAUACAGGAGAAGCUUCCCACAGUAUCGAUUUCCACCAUUCCUAUUCUUCUUUCGACAUAUGCGAAGAUUCUUAUGCACUGUCGACCCCCUGAUCUUGAACUACAAAAUCAGAUUUGGACUGUGUUCAAGAAAUAUGAGAGUUGUAUUGACGUGGAGAUACAACAGAGAGCAGUUGAGUAUUUUGAAUUGAGUAAAAAAGGUGCCGCCUUAGCAGAUGUGUUGGCAGAGAUGCCAAAGUUCCCGGAGCGUCAGUCUUCGCUAAUAAAAAAAGCAGAAGAUGCUGAAGAUACUGCAGACCAGAGUGCCAUCAAGCUUAGAGCGCAACAACAACCAUCAAAUGCUUUGGUUUUGGCUGACCCCCAGCCUGUAAAUGGGAGACCACCGCCUGUAAAGGUUCCAAGCAUGAGUGGCAGCUUGCAGGAUAAUGAGUUAGCAGCUCAACCUCACUCUCAUCCAAAUGGAACUUUGAGUAAACUAGAACCACAAGCUCCAUCAGCUGACCUGCUUAACGAUCUACUUGGCCCUCUGGCCAUAGAGGCUCCUCCGGGAGGUAUGCCAACUGACGACGACCAUGAUACCAUAGGAGCAGAAGGAAUUCUGGAUACAGCCAUUGUACCUGUUGGUGAACAAACACACACUGUGGAGCCAAUUGGAAAUAUUGCCGAGAGGUUUCAUGCUUUAUGCUUGAAAGAUAGUGGUGUCUUGUACGAAGAUCCUUAUAUUCAGAUUGGUGUUAAAGCUGAAUGGCGAGGACAUCAUGGGCGACUUGUUCUCUUCUUGGGAAACAAGAGUACUUCUCCUCUUACAUCAGUCCAUGCCCUAAUACUGCCCCCUGUUCAUUUAAAAAUGGAACUGUCACUUGUACCUGAGACCAUUCCUCCUCGAGCACAGGUACAAUGUCCAGUCGAAGUGAUGAAUAUCCGCCCUAGUAGGGAUGUUGCAGUUUUGGAUUUCUCCUACAAAUUUGGUACAAACAUGGUCAGUGUCAAACUACGGCUUCCUGCAGUCUUGACUAAGUUUCUUCAACCUAUACAACUUACAGCCGAAGAGUUUUUCCCUCAAUGGAGAUCACUUUCAGGACCACCAUUGAAGCUUCAGGAAGUUAUUAGAGGUGUUAGACAAUUUCCUCUUCCAGAAAUGGCGAAUAUGUUCAACAAUUUCCGAGUGACAAUAUGCCCAGGGCUUGAUCCAAACCCUAAUAAUCUUGUGGCAAGCACAACCUUCUAUUCCGAAAGCACAAGAGCGAUGCUUUGUUUGGUAAGAGUCGAAACAGACCCAGCAGACAGAACCCAACUGCGGAUAACAGUUGCAUCGGAAGAUCCUACGCUUACAUUUGAGUUGAAAGAAUACAUCAAGGAACAACUAAUCGUCGUCCCAUCGGGUCGAGCCCCCACUCCAGCACUGCCAGCUCCAGUACCAGGACCAGUAGCUCAACCACUUAGUCCAGCGGUCGCAGAAAAUGAUCCCGGAGCUCUACUGACUGGCUUGCUUUGAUUCUCAAACCGGGUAAGAAAACUUCACAAUCUUCCAAUGGGCUAAACUCAUAUUCUAGAAGGUGAAAAUGCGAUCUCACAUGAGGGCUUUCCACGAGAAUAUGUCCCAAAAAAAAAGAAAAGAAUGGGAGAGAGAGGUGGGGAGAAUACACGUUUGGAGGGUCAUAGGGAGCUAAUUUUGAUCUGAUUCGUUGUGCAUUUGCUUAUGAGAAAAAUUUUCUUGGGCGAGUCGGUCGGAAAAUUUAUUGCAUUCUUUCUGCACAUUUGUAUUCUAAGGUUUUUGGGGGAUUGAGGGAGUUGAGAGUGUCUUUUUUCUUCUUUGUUCAUCAUUUCCUUGUUAUUGCACUAUAUGUAUAUAUAGAGAGAGAGAGAGAGAGAAUGUUGGGGUGUUAUUUUUCUCCAAGUAGAGAAAUCCGUUUGUAAACUUGGAAGUAUUAUGAAUAUAUGUAUCUAUGUCCA